UUUUAAUGUCUUGAUUUUUUUUUUAACGGGCAAAAUCUAAUGCUACUGUAAACUUUUUGGUUGUGUGUACUGAUGAAUACUAAUGAGGGUGAAAAGGAGGAGGAUUCAGCUCCGGCGAACGGGGUGCUGGGCGACCGUUUGCAGUUGGCAGAGUGGUUGGAAUUGGUCAGGGGAGACUGCGAAUCAGACAAGCACUGGCUGGCGCGGAGACAGUUCAUUUUGAACAAUGUGGACUUGUAUAAUAUAAUAUCCUCUGAUGGCAAUGUUGUCAGUAAUUCUCAGUCAGACCGAUUACUCUCGCUCUCCAUGGUUUGGGCAAACCACGUAUUCAUGGGUUGUCAGUAUUCCAAAAAAGUAAUGGAGAAGGUGUAUGAAAUGGCAAAAGGCAUUAAAGUGGCAGAUGCUCCAAUCCAUACAACAAGAGAUGAACUGGUUGCCAAGGUGAAGAAAAGAGGGCUUUCAAGUAGCAAUGAAAGUGGAGAGGAAGCAUGCAAAAGGAUAGCACUAAAUGUUGGUGACAUUGUAUCAGAAAGUACUGGAGGUGAAGUCCAUGCUGACAGAAUGGUUACUGAUCAUGAAUCUCAGAAUCCAAGCAGUUCUGCAUCCAGUCAGUCAGAGAAGCUGUCACAGGAAUUGCCGAGGGAUUUGCCAGAUUAUGACACACCAUCCACCAGUUCAAGCAAAGAAAAACAUUUGGAUGGCUUACAGUCCUUGAAAAAUAAGAGCGAGAUGUGCAGAGACCAUGCUGUGGUAAGUUUAUCUACCACCAGUUCAAGCCAAUUUGAGUCCAUUGCGGAUACACUUUCUGUGGAAGCUCAAUACGAGACGCACAGAGAAAAUACUGUAAUGAAUCUUUUGUCUUCCUUACCAUUAAAAUCCGUUUCACAUUUGUCUGACUUUUAUCAAAAUAUACAGUCCAAAAGUCACGCCACUUCUGCAGCUUGUGAAAGAAACCAACCACAGGAGAAGGUGAAAGUAGUGGAAAAGACUACGUUACCUAGAAAUGAACAGGAAAAUGUACAAGAAGUGGCAAAGAGUAUAUUACCCACAAAGGAAACUGCUAAACUGUUUUGCAGGUUAACUCAAGAAACAGUCAAAGAAAAGCAGCCGUUCUACAACAAGUUGUACAAAGCUGUGGCUUGGAAGCUAGUAGCAGUUGGAGGCUUCAGUCCAAAAGUAAAUUUUGUGCAGGUUCUAAACUCGUGUGUUGAGUCUCUCAAAGCAACCUUAGAUUGCUUUUACAUUCCACUGAAAGAGGUUGCUGAUUUGCCUCAAAACAAAUGCGCUCAGGAUAGUAUAGGCUGUGAGCUAAGAUGCAAAGCUGUUUACUUGGGCACUGGUCGUGGGAAAUGCAAAGAUGAUGCAAAGUUAGUUGCCUCCAGAGAGGCCUUAAAAUUGUUCUUGAAGAAGAAGGUUAUAGUAAAAAUUUGCAAAAGAAAGUAUCAGGGUAGUGAAGUAGAUGACUUGGUCUUGCUGGAUGAGGAUUCAAAGCCAGCCAUCUUAGCUCCUGCACUAAGAAAUCCUCAAGAAGUAUUCCAGAAUAUAGUGUAGGAACUGUUUGCUGGUUAAAAAAAUAAAACAGGAGCAAAAAUAACUUGUGGUAUUUACUGAAGCAGACCUAUAAUGAAAUUCUUCCUUGACAUGUUUUAUUGCUUCUGUUAACAACAAAAAGUGGGCACAUGUAUAUUUUUUAAAGUUUUACACACUUAAUUCUGCUGACCAUCCUAGUUAAAUGUUUUACCCAUCUCUGAGCAAUAGCUAUUGAAGACCGAUCCUGCUUGCCUUAUCAGAAGAUGCAUAUUUCUUUGCUAAUUGUAUUUAGAGAUAUCAUUUUUAUUUUUUUACUAAAUUCUAUAAGCCUUAGUGCUAUAUAGUGUUCUCCAUUAGUGUAUAUUAGCUGUUACUGUGCCCAUCAAUAAAGCAGGCAGCUGAAGUGCACUGAAGUUCAGCAUAAUCUUAAAAAUAAAAUAUAGGUGUACAAUAUGCAUUUAGUGAGCAGUGUUCUUAGUUUUCUGAUCAUGCUCUCUCUUCCCAGAAAAUGGUAGAAAUGUUUAUUUUAUAGUUUUUAAGAGUUGAUUUAGCAUUCUGUUUUGUAUUUUGUGUUCUUUUAAAUUCUUUCUGAACUUCAUAUUUGUCGUCCGUAUCUAAGCUUUAAUGUAAAGAAAGUUAACACUAGAUACCGAAAAUGCCUCUUGUUUAAAACUCCAAACUUAAUUAUAUGAGAACUGGACAGCAAAUGAUUUUUUUCUGUCAAUAAAUUUGAAGGAUGUUUGGCUGAAAACGAAGUACACUCUUGGCUGCAGGAAAAACCUGCUAUCUGCUUUUAUAAGUUCUGGUAUAGAUCAGUCUAUCAGACUGAAUGGAGUAGAAAAAUGCAGAGCAGAGUUGCUUUCUUUGGUAUUUGUGUGUGGUUUGUUAUGCAGUUUCUUAGAAUAUGAAAGGAGUGAGGUUUUAAUGUGAUGCCAUGAAUCUCAUAUUUUAUAAAUUAUUGAUACCAUAGUCAAGUACUGUGAUUUUUUUUUUUUUUUUUUUUACAUUUAUGCAUUUUAUUCUACUGAAAGUAUAAAUCCUUCUCACCAUUGGUGGUUCUUCCUCAAACAUUAUAUAACAUGUGUAACUUGUUAAUUUCGCCAUGCAGUCACUGAAAUUCACAUGAGUACAGAAAAUACAUAAGAAACUUUGACUAGAGAGUCAUAAAAUCAGGAUGGUACAGUGGUACAAAGGUUAUGGUUUCUUCCCUACACUGCUUGGUUCUCUGGUUCAUUUCUCAACUGCACAUCUCCCUGUAUCCAUGUUUUUGUUUUUUUUUUUUGGGGGGGGGGGGGGGGUGUAGCUUGUUCUCACAUCCAAAAGACAUGCCAGUAAUUCAGUUGACAAUUUGAAAUUUCCCAUAGGUGAGAAUUUUGUCUGUACCACAUGAACUGGCAUCCAGUCCAGAAUUCUUUCUAAACUUUGCCUCCCUAGCUUUCCAGGAUUGACCCCUGCUCCCCAUAACCUAAAACAGGAUAAACUGAUAUUUAAAAAUGUAUGAAUACUAUAGCAAUAAUCUGGUCUUUGUUUGCAGCUUGGGCUAUUAAAGAUGGGCUGUCAUGCCUUUUCAUGUAUAGAUUGGGGGGGGGGGGGUAGUCCUCCAUCUUGCAGUUUGCAUAGUACUAGAUAGCAAUCUCUUUGGAUAGCAGUAUUCCUGCACAUUAUAAAGAAGACUGAUCAGACUACUGCAGGAAGGAAGUAACUUGGUUUAUUCAACCACCUGGAGUUCACAUGUCCUGUGACUUUCUUAGGAAGAAAACCUACUGACUGCUGUGUUGGGGUCACUAACAGUAGAUAAGUUUUUGUUGUCUUGACCAUCUUUCAUAAAUUAAAAUAUUUCACUUUGUUCUGUUACAUAACGGAAUUAAAUUAAUUAAACAUGUUAUUCUCUUA